GUUCUUUUUUUUAUAUCCACAUUUUAAAGUUUUCAAAUGUCUUCUUUUUUUUUGCUCCCAAAAGUCAAAAUUUUAAAGAGAUUAAUUUUUCCAUUUUUAAAAUAAAUUUGAAAAAGGAGCAAAUCCUCAUUUGAGAAGCUAGAACCUGCGAUGUUCUGUCAUUUGUGCUCGAUUACAUGAUCAAUUAAAUAUAUUGGCUAUGCAUGUUUCUUAUAAUUUACUUGUCAGCUAUUUUCUCUUUAAUAUCUUCUGGGUAACGACACAUUAAACCAUGAUGUAAAGUGUGGAGGCCGUAGCAAGUUAUUCACAUCAUUUCCAUUCUCAUUAAACCAUUUAAUAACUGCUCAUGCUCUUAUUUUGAAGCAUGUAUCGUUUAAUUAAUUAGGUUCGGUACUUUUGGGAGCCGAAGUGAUGCUUGUGCAAGAGUUGGAACACAGCCACACAGAUACGUGUUUUAUUUUGAAAAGCACCGCAGGAAGCACUUCUUUUUAUCCCCUGCGGCUUGUUUGUCGCUGGUGUGAAGGUGCAGCACCCCCAAUCAUUCCUAUCAGAAGUGCUGCUGCUGGUGCUCCUGUAACUCUCUCUUCUCCUCCUCCUCCUCCUCCUCCUCCUCCUCCCAUCUCCUACUUUUUGAUGGGGGAGUCACGGCGGUGAAGUCACAGUGAUGUCAUUAUGGGAUGUGAGAGUCGUUGGCUAGGUGAGCUGGCUUUGCGGUGAGUGGUAGUCCCUUCCACGACCAGCGCGUUGCCUGCCCGGAGGCGCGGAGCGGCGAAAGAUGGUCAUCGCCAACGGCACCAAUUCAAGCUCCGACGCGCUCCGUCCCUCCGCUGCUGCCGCUCAGAUCCCGGGCUAUGGGGCCCUGAUCUGCCUCGAUCCCAACACAAGCCUUUACCACCGCCAUGCCAAGGCGCAGAGCACAAGAAGAGUUGCGUUCAUAGGGCAGGUAACUUUGACCACGUGCCCCAAGGGUGAACUGGAUGGCCGUUGCGCAAAGGUGCCUCUCCAGCAUGUCCAGCGGGGCCAGGGCGCACUGGACGCUGCCGGCGGUUCUGGUGCUGUGGACCUGUCUCUGGGGGAUCGUGUCAUCUUAUCCGGUUCCGAGCAGGACUAAUGCGACUUUAAUGGAGAAGAAGUGGGAGACGCUGUUCUCGCGCUCCUAUCUGGGUAUAACUGGGGGGAAAUCGGAGCUGAACUGGGAGAGUGACUAUUUGCAGGGCAUCAAACGAGUGCGGCGGCUGUACUGCAACGUGGGCAUUGGGUUUCACCUGCAGGUGCUCCAGGACGGCAGGAUAAGCGGCGCACACAGUGAGAACCAAUACAGUCUGAUAGAGAUCUCCACCGUGGAACGAGGAGUGAUCAGCAUGUUCGGGGUGAGGAGUGCGCUGUUUGUCGCAAUGAACAGCAGGGGACGGUUAUACGGAACGAGAGUCUUCGUGGACGAGUGCAAGUUCAAGGAGACGCUGCUGCCCAAUAACUACAACGCCUACGAGUCUUUCGUUUACAAGGGCUUCUACGUCGCCCUCAGCAAGCACGGCCGCGCCAAGCGGGGCGACCGGGCGACCACCGCCUCCACCGUCACGCACUUCCUCCCGCGGCUAUGAGAAAAACCGUCAAUAACUCAGUGAUUUGCACAUGUGGAUGUUCUUCCAGGUAAUAUAGAAACGCCUCGUCGCGAUAAACCGAUGGACUGCGAAGGAAAACACAAAUAUUUAUUCUGUUUAUAUAUAUAUAUAUAUGUGUAUAUGUAUAUACAUAUAUAUGUAUAUUUGGAUAGCUAUCUUUCUCUAUGUACUGUGCUGCUUGUUGUUCUUAUGGACGGGGGAGAGUGGAAGUCUCACUUUACCUUUUCGGUGCUUGCUGUAACUGAACGACUGGUCACUUCCUUUUGUUUUUCUUUCUUGGAGAUGGAGGAUGGAGCUAUAUCCUGUGCUUUUUAAAAGUGUGAAAUGAAUACUUUUUAUUACCUCAAAGAACCACUCUGCUAGAUUAUGGGAAUGCAUGGACUUCUGCUGCUCAAAUAUCUG